GAUGCCUCAACUGUAGGUUUAUAAUUACACGCACAAUCCAAUUCAGUAUUUUUCUUUCUUUUCGUUUCUCAGAAUCAUUUCAUCAACUACAUGGCGAGCUUGAGAAGAGCAGCGAUCAACGCCCACAGAAUCCUCAGUUUCUCCGCUCUACACAACCGUAAGGCGAUUUUAUCUUCUUCUCCAUCUCGCUUCGAGACUCUUCUUAGGCCUCAAUAUAGAUGGAUUUUUCCUUAUUCUUCUGAUAGCUCUCAAAUUUUGGAUGUUGAUUUCUCCAACGAAGAGAGCAAAAGGCGUUUGUUUAACAGACUUUUAUAUAGGAGCAAACAGAGAGGGUUUCUGGAGCUGGAUUUGGUUCUGGGUAAAUGGGUGGAAGAACAUAUUCAUACCAUGGAUGAAAAUGGAGUUAAAGCUCUUGUUGAUGUCCUUGAUUUGGAAAACCCAGAUCUGUGGAAGUGGCUGACUGGGCAGGAGCAACCGCCUGAUGCAGUGAAAAUAAAUCCUGUUUUUUCUGCUGUGCACAACAAGGUAAUGGACAACCUCAACAGCCAUUCUUCCCCUGAGACACGAGCAACUCCUGGGAAAACAUGGGUAAGAGGAUGGGAUGAUUUCAAGAAAGGCCGUGAUGGUCCUGUAUCAGGGAACCAGUAACUUUCUAUAUCACUCUUGGACUAGAUGGUCCUAGGCACUGUGUGUUUUUUGACACAUGAAGAACAAUAUAUGUAUUUCUACUAAUAAUUAAUAGUUUACAAUGUUUAGUUGUAAAAAUGUGAACAAGGACUGUCAGUAGUGAAGCCAAGAGAAAUGCGAGAUUUGAUGGAACCAUGUAAUAAAACUUUUUAUUAAGCAUAGUGAGAAAAAUAUGGGGCAAAAUCUUGCUUCAG